AUGUUCUUUUUUCGUCUUGGUAGGAAACAACGAAGAGAUGAGCUGCUUCAAGAGCAGCAACGACGUACAGCUAGUCAAAAUCCAACAAUACCACGUAGUAUACAUUUUGAAAGAAUGGAACGCUGUAAAAAUUGUUGUAAAUCAUUUACAACAUUUAUAUUUUCACGUGUUGGCCUUUGUUUACUUGUUGUGGCAUAUGCAUUUGGUGGUGGUAUGGUAUUUCAAUUUCUUGAAUCAGAUUCAGAAGAAGCCGAUAUUAAUAAAGUUCAACAACAUUUAAAUAUAACAGUUGAAAAAUUAUUUGAACAUAGUAUGAAUUCAUCAUUUUUAUAUCAAGAUAAUUGGAUACCUAAAGCAAGAGAAAUACUUGAAGAUUAUCAAAAAGAUAUAGUUCGUCGAACAAAACGUGGUUCUCAAGGUGAACGUGUUUCUGAUGAUACGAAACAAUGGAAUUAUCCAGGAGCUAUUCUCUAUGCAAUUACAGUUAUAACAACGAUAGGUUAUGGACAUAUUACUUGUAAAACAGAUUAUGGUAAAAUUAUGACAAUGAUCUAUGCUAUAUUUGGUAUUCCAUUAAUGCUAUUAUGUUUAGCAAAUAUUGGUUCAACAAUGGCAGAUGCAUUUCGUUUUAUCUAUUGUAAUAUAUGUUGUUCGUAUUGUAAUAUGGUUAAAAAACGUCGUAAUUUACGUGCAUUACAAUCUGUUGAAUUAUCACGUAAUGCAGCAGCAGCAGCAACAGCAGCAUCACUACCACCAUCUCCAAUAACGACAACAUUAGCAUCAAAUCCAAUUCAAUCACCUACAAAUGAUCUUGAACAACCUCCACCGCAGAAUGUCGUCGAAUUUGUUGAUAAUCUUAGUAUUGAUUAUCGUAAAGUUACAAUACCGAUCAGUGUUACACUUUCAUUACUAUCAUCUUAUUUGAUACUUGGUUCAGUACUUUUUAGCCAAUGGGAAAAAUGGGACUAUUUAGACGGUGCUUAUUUUUGUUUUGUUACACUUGCAACGAUCGGUUUAGGUGAUCUUGUACCGGGUAAAUCUAUAACAUCAACACAAGUUGAAGGUAAAUUAAUCAUCUGUGCUCUUUAUGUUCUACUUGGUUUAUCAUUAAUGGCCAUGUGUUUUAAUUUAAUGCAAGAAGAAGUUCGAGCAAAAUUCCGACGAUUAGGAAAUAAACUUGGAAUUACUGAUGAUCCAAAUUAUUGGUAG